CACACACACACACGCCGUCUCUCUUUUUUCACACACACUCACGCCUCUCAGACGCACACGGCAGCGCGCAAGCCAGCGAACAGGACGGCGCUGGACGUAUCAUUCAUAUAGGGAAUAGAUCCGAAGAAAAGGAUUAACUAUCUCCAUCCCUUUCCCUCCACGGACCUCAUCCUCUCUUCCCUCCUCUUGUGUCUCUAAGCCUCUCUUCACCUCAUUUUUUUUUCUACAAUCCCUCAUUUUUUUCUCCACACAAUCCCUCCUUUUUCACAAUUUAUUGGUGGGUUGAAGGGAGGCAAGGGGGGGAUUGUCUCUAUACAGAAAGGAGGAUUAUUCUCAUUCAUUUGACCAGGAUCUUGAAUGUAUGGAUUUCUUUUAACUGAAGGGGUUUUUCUUUUUUGGAGAUUUUUGAUCUUUUUUUAUAUUUCUUUUUUUCUUUUUUUUUUGUGAGGAUGGCUGAUGGCAGAGAGCUAUAAGGCUGUUGCUGUCUGAGAUAUUUGGUCAAAAGGUGUUUUGGUGCAGCUUUUUGCCAUUGCCGCCCUAGUGGAGGCUGCAGGCAUGGCGGCUUGACACCCCCAUAGCCCCGCCCCUCCGACAGAGGAAGGCUGCAGAGCUCUGUGUCAUGCCCCCUCACACACACACCCCUGGGGGCAUCGGCCUGCCCCCACCCGGCUCCACCUCCCACCACCUGGCCAGACCAGUCUUCCUCUGUGUCCUCUGCCUCCUGGCGACGCUGCUGCCGGCAGCCUCCUCCUGCCCUCCUCCCUGUCUCUGCGACUCAGACGGCCUGGUGGUGGACUGCGGGGGCCGGGGUCUCUCCUCCCUGCCUCCCCUUCACCUCCUGCCUCCAGGGAGCCGCUCCCUUCUGCUAGCCAACAACAAGCUCGCCUCGUUGGGAGCCUCUGCCUUCGCUAACCUCUCCUCUCUGGAGGAGCUGGACCUCUCAAAUAACUACCUGGAUAAUUUACCAGCUGGAUUAUUCAGAGACAUGUCCAACCUGACGAGACUGACUCUGCACAACAACUCACUAACAGUAAUGGACAGAGAGCUUUUCCAGGGUUUGGGGGGUCUUCAGAGUCUGGAUCUGUCACUGAAUGGUCUGUCCUCUGUACCGCUGGGGCUGCUGGAUGAGCUGCAGAGCCUCAGGUGGCUGUCCCUAGCGGGUAACAGGCUUCACGGUUUGGAAAGGGCAGCGUUUGAGCCACUUGCCAACCUACAACACCUGGAACUGGGACACAACCCCUGGGAAUGUGACUGCAACCUCCGUGAUUUUAAACACUGGAUGGAGUGGCUGCUCUACAGAGGGGGGAAGGUGGACGCGGUGGAGUGCACGCUACCGAAGGAUCUGCGUGGGCGAGACAUUCGUGGCGUCCCGGUGGAAAUGUUCAACUACUGCCUACAACUUGAGGAUGAGAACGGGGGAGGAGGUGAGGGUUCCCGUUCCGGACAAGGAGGCGGUCCUCCCUGCAGCAGGAACGCUCUUAACCCCAGUGGGGCAACACCAAUUUCUGACAGCAGCAACACUGGUGAUGACUCCUCUUCAAACACGGGAGGUGGUGGAGGAGGAGGUGGAGGUGGAGAACCUCCGUCGGAUUGCGUACGCGCUCGUUACCGACCCGUGAGCGUGCGCCGUGCCAUCGGCACAGUGGUGAUUGCUGGCGUGGUGUGCGGCAUCGUUUGCAUCAUGAUGGUUGCAGCCGCGGCUUACGGCUGCAUCUACGCCUCGCUGAUGGCAAAGUACCAGAGAGAGCUGAAGAAGAGGCAGCCGCUGAUGGGAGACGGAGAGGCAGACGGGGAGGACAGGGAGGAGAAACAGAUCUCCUCUGUGGCCUAAAGGAGUGACGGGACGGGGGAGGGCUGGCGUGUCAAAGGGUGAAGGUUGGAAGGGGUGAAAAUUAAAAAGGGCUCAAAGAGGAGAGAGAUGGAAGAGCUUGUUUUAUGCACACAGACAGUUACGGUAUCUCUCCCUCUGACUCUCAAACUGACACCUUUCUCCCACUUUUUGUCUUCCUCUCUUCGUCCUCUUUCUAUUUAUAACCUUCUCCCUCUCUCCAACACCUCACAUACACAUACCUUAUCUGUUCCCUGAUUUUCUCUUCCAUUUGGAGCCAUUCUCACUGCAGUAUUUGUUACCAAUCAUCCCUCCAGCUCGCCUACCAACCACCUACUGCUGCUCUUGGCUGCUGCUGAAUUUACCAUUAUAUUGGCUGAGAGAGGAAAAAAGGAUUCUCUCUAGCAUGAAACAUAUCAUUUAAGCUGUUACAAGACACUCGAUGUGUACGGUCAGUCAGUGUUUGCAAAACUGGAUCGAAUUUUCAGGGAUUUACAGUAUGUACGGUGUCGAAUGGACCAAUAUUCACAAUGAUGAGAAGAGUCUGCGGUGUGAGGUAGUGCCCAGCUCUCCUUUUGUCUGCAUCUUUCUCCUCCUCCACUUCAGAAGUUCGUCCAAAAAAACAGUACCCCAGCCAAGAUCCCUUCACCCUCGUCUGGCCUAAUGCUCCUCUGACAUUCCUUUGUACCUCCAAGUCCCAAAGAAACAGGCACUGGUGGAAGUCUUAGGGGAAACGAAGGCAACUUAAUGAAUAAACUCAAAGAGGAGUCUUUUAUGUAGUCAACGCCUCUAAUAAAGAUUAUGAAAGGAAAUCAAACACAGAGUCUCCUGAGUGUCACAUCUCUUGAGACUUGUUAGAGAUGUUUAAUAUGGAACAGGAAACUAAUUGGAUCGACAAAAUGAUCAUUCAUGGAUGGCGAGACCUUUUAAAUACAUGAAGUCAGAGACAACGGCUAGAUAUUCUCCCCUAUUCGAUCACGUCUGUUUCUCCCCAGACCGUCUAUGGACCUAUAACAUCCUCCAGAUGUCACAGACUCAAGAGGAACACACCAUUUAAACUGGAAUUUGCUGUAUUUGUCACAUUUGCUUGGAAUAAGCCUCUUGCUUCCUUGAUGCUUGUUAAAUGAUUGCGAUCGAUUUCUGGACAAAUCAAAAGCCUCUUGUCAUGGUUAAAAAGCAGUCAAGCUACUUUUCCGGUACCUCUUGGACUACGCUUCAACGCUGAAAAGUAUUCACAAUUGUUUUAAUGAAGUUAUGAAAAUUAAAAGGACCACAGACUUUGCUUUAAUACAAAUAUUCAUUUACAGACUGAUUUCACCCCUCAGAGGUGAAUGUUUGCUACUAUGGCACGGAAGCACUAUCUCAGAGAACCCUGUCUCCUGGCAAGGACUACAAAACUUCAUCUAAGGACUACAAACUUCAGACUCCUGCACUUUAUUUCUCUAAUCAGAUCCCCUCUGGCGUCCCGCUCCCUCCUCCCCUCCCUGUCUUUCUUCCUAAAAUGGACGAUGUGCCCAGAGGGAUUAUAACGAACAAGGGAUUAAACAAAAAAGACGCUGCUAUUUUUCCCCCUCCUACCCCCCUCCUUCUCGUCCUUUUAUCUCUCCAUCCAUCUUUCCAUCCUGUGCUAUUUAUGGAAAGUAUUUCACACUUCCUUAAAGACUUCCACCUCCUUCCUUUCCUUUCGUCCAUCCCUUCUCCCAUAUUGUUGUCCUUGUGUCUCUCCUCAAAGGUCAGCAAUAUGCAAUGGAAGUCAAUGUCACCACGCAUGGAAAUCCUGUCACCGCCAAAGAGUCCUUCUGUUUUAUAUGUUGUAAUCGUCACUUAUUCUAGAAGAAUCUGUUUGAUAAGCACUCUCUCAUUAAGUUUGCUUUACAUUCAUAAUUAUUUAUGUCCUGAAAUAUCAAUGUAAACGUCAACAUUUCGUGGUUAGCAGAGCACUAAAUUUGUGUCUUUGGUGAUACACAAUCUCAAAAAUCUGGCUUUCAUUGCAUAUUGCUCCCCUACAGUAAAACUAUUGUACCCUCCCAAUUUUUAAUUGGCUGGAAAUAAACCUAUAUUAAUAGUGUGUUAUCUUAUACCUGGGUAUGAUACAGAUAAAUAUUAUUCUAUUAGUCUCUAAUAUGGUGUGUUGGCCCAGCGAUCCCCCCCAAAAUGUUUUUUUGAUGUAACUGUUUCUGGUUUUCUGUAUCAAUUCAUGAUGUAUGUCUUUUGUUGUGUUAAUGACUUCUAUGUUUUGUUUUAGGUUUUAAUAUCUCUGUAAUGUUUAUUUGUCGUGUUCAUUUAUUUGUGUUCAGUAGUUGGUAAAGUUUCUGAAAGAGGUGUAGAGAGAGUUUGGCCAUUGAGAGUGAAAAGGGCCCCGUACUUAGCAGAGAAUCACGAAGGUGACAGGUAUGCUUAUUGUUUUAAUAUGACUUUUUCCAUGUAGUGCUAUAGGAGUAACUUUAUCUCCUACAAAUAACCUUUCAUUUGGCUUUGCCACUGCCUGUGUGGCAGUAUCAAAAUACCAGACAGAACAUUUGCAUCUAGAAGAUGUUGGGUUCCAACUUUUUUCAACUGGAUAUUAUUACAAUAUCUUAACAUGAUAACUGGUAUGGUUAAGCUGUCUUGAAGACAUGGCAACUAAUCCAAGUGGAAAAGGCCUUAGCGAAAGUUUAUGGUCCUUGUUAUAUUAAAAAAUGUAAAGGCUAAUGCCUUUAUGGGAUGGGACGUGAGAUAAAAGACACCAGCUCAGGCACAAGAUAAAAUGUUGGCAUUGUCCGUCUCUGAAAACCAUGGACAUCUUACAUUUCUUUUAUACAUAUGACAUAGUUUAGAUUACAUGUGUAUGAGCUGAAUUUCUAAAGGAUGGGAUGGUGGAUACUAGCAUGACACUUAAGUGAAACAGCUGCCAAGUAGCGGCUUACUGUUCAAGACCAAUAGAAGCAGGUGUUUUCUAAUGACAGACAGGACAUAUCCAGCAGUCUUUGUAGCAACCAAUCUUGGUAUUUCAAGCCAGAACAUUACAUUUCCUACACUAACCAAGUGGUUUUGGUGCCUAAACCUAACCACAUGUUAACCAUAGCAUUACAACAACAUAAAAGCGCAAAUUUAAACAUCAAGAAAUGUAAAGUGUUAACAUAUCAGCAAGAUAUGAAACAAGCAAAUGUAACAUAUUUGUGUUUUGCAGAAACAUACAAUGCCAACAUUCUGCCGAUUUGAAAUCAGUGUUGAAGACGCACAUAAAUCUUGCAGCAUUUAUGAACAUCACACUACUUCUUGCAUCAGCAAUGAUACCCAGAGUAGUUGCAUAUAUUAAUAAAUAUUUGUAGGAGAUGAAGCUGGUCUGAAGUCAAGAUGCACAAAAACCUGAAGAAUUAUUGAUCUUGAAUUGCAAAUGAAGUCAAGAUGCACUUCAACAACAGCUGCCACCUCACUGGUGUAAAGAGAUGAAAAAGAACUAAUUGGUGACUUCAAAUUGGAUAUUUUAAAGGGAUUUAAAUGCGUACCGUGUAAACGUAGCCAUGAAAUCCACAGGGACUUUGGGGCAGUAACUGGAAAAAACAGACAAUGGCUAAACUCUGUUUAUGAACCUGGAAACACUGUCCUCUCACCCCCUGGUCUGCAGGUCUUGUGUUGUUGGUAGCUAAGUAUCUUAGCUAGCUGAAACCUGUUCCUAUAGCCUGUGCGUGUAAAGAACAAUAAAUUAUAGUUUGUUACGUAAAAACUGCAGCAGCCAUGAUGACUGAGGGCCUCAAAGAUUACAUUGCCCGGAAAUCGAUGGUGUGUUGUCUUAUAACGAUGAUUGUGAUUAUGACAAUGAUGAUAUGAUGGUGAUGAUGAAGCAUUUCCUGGUCAAUAUGCAUUGAU